AUGUACAUAUUUUUUGGAGUGUUAAAUCUAGUCAACAUGUUUGCCAGUGUGUACAUCCUGGUUGUGAUCAGUGUUGACCGCUGUGUGUCUGUGGUGCGUCCAAUCUGGGCACAGAACCAUCGGAAUGUGAGCCGAGCUUCUGUGGUGAGCUUUGGAGUUUGGUUAUUCGCCCUGGUGCUGAGCUCACCCUACUUUGUCUUCAAGGACACUGCACCCGACCACAGCAACUCAAACAUAAUCAACUGCUUCAACAACUUUGCAUUCUCCGAUGACUAUGAAACACCAGAGGUGGUGGAGAUCCGUAUUCUACGGCAUCGUGCCAUGAUCAUUACCCGUUUCAUCAUAGGCUUUGUGGUGCCUUUUGUGAUCAUCGUCUCUUGCUAUGUGGUCAUCAUCCAUCGUCUCCAAAGAAACCGUUCCAUGUCUGGCCGAACUGGACGUCCCUUCAAAAUCAUUGCUGCUGUGAUCACCGCCUUCUUCAUUUGUUGGGCUCCUUACCAUAUCCUGGUGCUCAUUGAGAUGGUAAACCACAUGAGGGUGAAAUACAGCUCCACCCUGCAAUAUGUCACCACUGUUGGAAUUCCCAUUGCGACCAGUUUGGCUUUCCUAAACAGCUGCCUGAACCCAUUGUUGUAUGUUUUCAUGGGACAAGACUUUAAAGACAAGGUGCGCAAGUCAAUACUGAAGGUUUUGGAAACUGCUUUCACAGAGGAAGUUUCACGCACAAAUACCUGCACAAAUUCAAUGCCCACUUUUCGAAACAAAGAGAACGGGAGCAAGUCUUUCUCUGAUGCAGAAGUAUAACAGUAUAACAUAAAUGAAGCACUUUUUCUAAAGAAGGACUUUACAAAGUGUCUCAUGUGGAUCUAAUGCCAUCAUUAAUAAAAGUGAGACACAUUAACCUGAAGAACUGGACCAAAGGAAAUUCAGUUAGUUUGAAGCUUUACAUUAAAACUGCCUUGCUCUUAUGGGGAAAUGCUUAUGUG